AGCUAACAGCUAGCAAAGGCAAUAGACUUGGGUGUUUAUUGAUUGAAAGGGGGGAAUUUAUACAUUUGACAUUCGAAAGGGAUAUUUGUCUAUCCAGUGAUCUCUCCAAAAGAUAGGCUAUCUGCUUUGUAACUUGGAGGGAUUUAGACCUCCUCUUCCUCUGUCCUCGAUGCCAACAAAACAGCCGUCGAAGAAGCAGACGAAAAGAGUGCACUCGGAACUCGUUGGUGACAUCAGAGCUUCCCUUUCUCCAGACAGAGCCUUACUUUGUUCCGACAGGAUGAUGGCCAAAGAUGUUGGUCUGAUGGAAACCAAUGGAGAACUGAAGGUUUUUAUUGACCAGAAUCUGAGUCCUAGUAAAGGUGUCUUGUCUCUGGUUGCCGUCCAUCCUGCAUCCAUCCCUGUGGCCAAACAACUACUGCCCAAAACACUGGGGCUCUCCAAUGUCAACAUUGCUCCACACAUGGUUAUUGGUACGCCCCAGAGGCCCAGUGUUUCCAGUGCCAUACUGGUGAACAGCCCUCACACACCCAGCUCCCAGUUCCUCACACAGAGCCAGCCGGCCGACGCGUCGCCUUGGUCAUCGGGGAAGCGUGGUAAGAAGGGGGAGAAGAAUGGAAAGGGCCUGAGGCAUUUCUCCAUGAAGGUGUGUGAGAAGGUGCAAAAGAAGGGUGUCACCUCGUACAAUGAGGUGGCAGAUGAGCUGGUGGCGGAGUUCAGCGCUGCAGACAACCACAUCUCCCCCAAUGACUCUCAUGUGUAUGACCAGAAGAACAUCCGUAGGCGUGUGUACGACGCACUCAAUGUGCUUAUGGCCAUGAACAUCAUCUCUAAAGAGAAGAAAGAGAUCAAGUGGAUUGGUCUGCCCACCAACUCGGCCCAGGAAUGCCAGAACCUAGAGGUGGAGAGACAAAGGCGACUGGAGAGAAUCAAGCAGAAGCAGUCACAACUCCAAGAGCUUAUAUUACAGCAAAUAGCCUUUAAGAACCUGGUGCAGCGGAACCGACAGACGGAACAGCAGACCAACAGACCUCCACCCCCCAACUCUCUCAUCCACCUCCCCUUCAUCAUUGUCAACACUAGCAAGAAGACUGUCAUCGACUGCAGCAUCUCCAACGACAAGUUUGAGUACCUGUUCAACUUUGACAGCAUGUUUGAGAUCCACGAUGACAUUGAGGUGCUGAAGCGUAUGGGCAUGGCCUGUGGCCUGGAGGUGGGCAAGUGUUCCCCGGAGGACCUGAAGGUGGCACGUAGCCUGGUGCCCAAAGCCCUGGAGCCCUACGUCACAGAGAUGGCCCAGGGCCCCAUCAGUAACGUCUACAUCACUGGAGGAUCCUCCACCAACGGGGGGCGCCAUCACGGCCAGGGCAGUGACAGUGGUGCAGAUGGUACCCUGGCCUCCAGCUCUAAUGACUCUCACUACAGCGGCUCCCGUGUUGAGACCCCUGUGUCGUACAUGGGGGAUGAUGACGAGGAGGAUGACUAUGAUGAGAAUGACGAUGAAGAUUAACCUCCUGCCACUCCACGCAUUUCUCAUCUCCAACAUGCAGUCUGUCUCUGCAUCUCUCUCUGUAUCACUUUCUCUCAAGGGCAUUGAAGAAUGUUUGAGUAUGGAGGCUGUGCAACCCUCUUCUCAGAGCGGGGUCCUGAAUCACAUGAUAGCCAAUGGCUCUCUGGGAAGUGUAGUUUAUGGCUUUGGCACUGCUGCGUCCUUUCUGUGUAUUAUCACCCUCUUCUUGGCAAGCCAUCCCACCUGAGAAUAAAGCUACAACAAAAAAUCUUCCAGCCAACUCAUUGCUGUUGGAGAAUGUAUAGUGUUCCUUGUGUGUGAAAUAGUUAUCUUUAUUAUGUUUUGAUUACGUUGGAGAGACUCAAUGGUGAACCACUGUUUCAAGAUGGCUGCCAGUGUAACUGCACCAGACCGCUUGCUCAGAGACAUUCACUGGAUCCAAAAUGGCUGAUUUAGUUGCCACAACGCUAAGAAAGAUUGAAACUGCCCUUUUGAAAGUGUGGACACUAUUUUGUUAUACCUCCCCUCCCCUGCUAUUUGUGGCAUUGAUUUCAAGCAGAGAAUUUGUAUCUGCUCCCCACAGUUCUGUAGGCAGCUGCUUUUCUGCUCCUUGUUUUUGGAGCGUUUUAGCAGCGACUCAAUCCCUCAGACCCUGUCACACCGUGGUAGUGUUUACAAAUGACUGGCACCAGCGAAGAAAAUAACUCCUACCCACGCUAACUAUAGGACAAUGUUAGGCUUUAUUUGUGAAAUGUAAACGGAUCCUGUGAAGAUUGUAGUUUAUAGCAUCCUUUACAGGUCAGUGGCGGAAGGAAGGCCUGGACAUGAUCGAUGUCUCAAAUAUGUGGGUUGUGUAGGUCUCUAUGGACUCACUUCGAAGAUCGCCUUUUUCAAACUGAACAACCCAUGUACUGAUUCUUCCAAAAUACCUUUUCUGUAAUCUAAUAUAAGUUUGAAAAUUAAAUAUAGAGAAUGUUUUAACAAGUUGA